AGACCGAGCGGAGGCCCCGCCCCCUUUCCCAGCCCUUGGGUGCGUGUGUGAGCAGGAUUGACAGCAGGACGCUGCAGCAGAGAACCACGGGAGAUAAGAGCAUAGAGAAACGCGCUCAGGAGGGACAAAAGAAGAAAAUACCAAAGGCUUUGGUUUAAACGUGUUUUAGAGAAUACAAAUAAAAAGAUUAGAAGUGCUGAAAGAUGGCAGACCGGGAGCAGCUCAUCCAGAGGGCUCGGCUCGCCGAACAGGCGGAGCGCUACGAUGACAUGGCCGCCGCCAUGAAGCUGGUGACCGAGUUGAACGAGCCGCUGUCCAACGAGGACCGUAACCUGCUGUCGGUAGCGUAUAAGAACGUGGUGGGCGCGCGUCGCUCAUCGUGGCGCGUCACCUCCAGCAUCGAGCAGAAGACGGCGGCGCAAGACGGCGGCGAGAAGAAGCUGGAGCUGGUGCGCGCCUACCGCGAGACCAUCGAGAAGGAACUGGAGGGCGUGUGCCAGGACGUCCUCUCGCUGCUCGACAGCUACCUCAUCAAGAACUGCGACGAAAGCCAACUGGAGAGCAAAGUCUUCUACCUAAAGAUGAAGGGCGACUACCAGCGCUACCUAGCCGAGGUAGGAACCGGCGAGAAGCGCACCACGGCCGUCGCCACCUCCGAGGCCGCCUACAAGGAAGCGUUCGACAUCGCCAAGAACAUGGCACCCACGCACCCCAUCCGCCUCGGCCUGGCCCUCAACUUCUCCGUCUUCUACUAUGAGAUCCAGAACGCUCCCGAGCAGGCGUGCCAGCUCGCCAAGGAGGCGUUCGACGAGGCCAUCGGACACCUGGACAAUCUGAACGAGGACUCGUACAAGGACUCCACGCUCAUCAUGCAGCUCCUCAGGGACAACUUGACCCUGUGGACCAGUGACCAGCAGGACAGUGAAGGAGGAGACGCUAACAACUGAGCGCAACAGAACGCACGCUCACUCUCUCCGUUAACGCUCUCGCUAGCUGUAGUCGACUUCGAUUUCCUCUUAAUAAAUGUCCUCUCUCUCUUC